AAAAGCAAAUUCACAAGUACAAAACAAACAAAUCUCAAAAAAAUCAUUUUUUAAUAAUGAUAUAUCUAUUAAUAAUAAUAUAUUUACUAUUUUGAAUAAUGAUGAAGAAGAGUUAAUUUUAUAUAACUUAUUUGAAGAUAGCUAUAUUAGCGAAGAUGAACAUUAUGAGUAUAUAUCAGAAUUUACAGUAAAAUUAUAUAUUAAUGAUCAAAAUAGAACAAUGCUUCCAGCUAAACAAUUAUUAUUUAUUGCUCAAUUAUGUAUAGAAUUUCAUAAUAAAAUACGAUUUCAAGUUCAAGAUUUAACAAAUAACUUUGAAUUAGAAUGA